AUAAAAUAAAAUAUAUGACGUGUAGAAUUUGAGUCAUGAAUGAACCAUGAAAACGCUUGAUGCAACUUUAUUUAUGUUUCUGCAUAAGCAAAAAUGCUUUACUGUUCUUCCUCAUUUUUACUUUCUGUUCCCAGUGAAUCUUGGCUGAUUCAGGAAAAACAAACAGCUACAGUCUGUACAGCCACACAGUCACAGUCAUUAUUAUUAGUCCUUUAGUAUGAGCCAGAGCCUGAAAAGGACGUCAGACUCACUUUACCUGUGGUCUCUCACAAAAUAAUAACGCUACAAGUUUUAUUGAAGAUAGAAUAUUUAUAACUGAUUGUAUUGUUCCCUCUGUUUUAUCUGUUCUUCUUGUUGAACAUCCUACAGCUAAGACACAGUGAGGGAAGGGAGGAGCCACUCUGGCCACAGAGAGGAGAGCUUCUGAUACCUUUAAUUUGAAAGGAAGCUAUUCUAACCAGAGCAUGAAGACCUUCAUACUGUUGUCUGUUUUGUGCCACUUUGCAUUUCCAGUGAAACACUCCCUGAAGUAUAUUCUCACUUCUUCUUAUGGAGUCAGAGGUGUCCCACAGUUUGUGGCUGUUGCAGUGGUUGAUGAAGUUCCGAUGGCUCACUGUGACAGCGACAGACUGAUACCACAAGCCAAAACUGACUGGAUGGAAAGAUUUUUCAAAGAGAGAAUUGAGCGCUUGCAGUGGUACACUAACAGGUGUACUAACAACGAGUACGACUUCAAAGACACCAUUAACAGUUUGAUGUCUCGUUUUAACCAAACUGGAGGUAUCCACAUUUUCCAACGGAUGAAUGGCUGUGAAUGGGAUGAUGAGACAGGAAACACCAAUGGUUUUAAUCAGUAUGGUUAUGACGGUGAAGACUUCCUCACAUUUGACCAAACAACACUGACAUGGAUUACUCCAAAACCACAGGCUGUCAUCAUCAAACACGAGUGGGACAGAAAUAUAGAUAAAAUUAUGUUUUGGAAGAACGCCCUUAACUACAAGUGCAUUCAGUGCCUUAAGGAGUAUGUGGAAUAUGCAAAGACCUCUCUGCAGAGAACAGACCUUCCCUCAGUGUCUCUCCUUCAGAAGACUCCCUCCUCUCCAGUCAGCUGCCACGCUACAGGUUUCUACCCUGACAGUGCCUUGAUGUUCUGGAGGAAAGAUGGAGAGGAGCUUCAUGAGGACGUGGACCACGGAGAGAUCCUCCUCAACCACGAUGGAUCCUUCCAGAUGAGUGUUGACCUGGAACUUUCAUCAGUCACACCUGAAGACUGGAGGAGGUACGACUGUGUGUUUCAGCUCUCUGGUGUGAAGAACGACAUCGUCACCAAACUGGACAAAGCAGAGAUCAGGACCAACUGGGCAGAGAAGUCCAGUGGCAUGGCCGUCACCAUCACUGCUGCAGUGACUGUUCCUGUUCUCAUCCUUUAUUUUACAGUUUGAGUGAUAGAAGAGGAGAUUUCAGUGGCGUUUAGGUGACAAAAGAUAUUCUGGUAUUUACAACUGUAACUGAAACAAUUUGUAUUUUGUUUUUCAGCCAAAUGCCUUCCAUCUUGUAAGUAAAGGUUGCUUUCUAUUAUUUAGUUCUCAACUGAUCUGACACACACUUAAUGAUGUAGAUUAAAAAGGUUUCACAUUA